AUGUCUCAAACGCCAUUCACACUCCGAUUCGGGAUACUUUCAACCGGAGCUAUUGCCAUGACUUUUUGUGAAUCAUUGCUGAAGAAUGAUUAUGGCCCAAAUUAUUCGGUCCAAGUAGUGGCAGUUGUAUCGAGAGAUUUGGAGAGAGGAAAACAAUUUGGUGAAAAACUCAAGCAAGAGGAUGGUGAUAUGAAAGUUUAUGCGUCCUAUGAUGAAUUUUUCUCUGAUGAAAAUGUUGAUAUUGUCUACGUGGCAUCACCUCACUACUUUCACUAUGAACAUUGUAAAAUGGCUUUAGAAGCUAAAAAGCAUGUCUUGUGUGAAAAGGCAUUUACAAUUAAUGCAAAAGAGGCAAAGGAAUUGGUUGAGUUGGCAAGGAAAAAUAAUGUCUUUUUGAUGGAAGGAAUGUGGACAAGAUUCUUCCCAGUCUCAAGAAGGAUUAUACAACUCAUUCAAGAGGGCAAGAUUGGACAAGUGAGAAAUAUCAAUGUGAGUUUGGGAUUUGUUGGAGAGAAACGUAAUUCAGAUAAGAAUCAUCGAUUGUAUAAUAUUGACCUGGGAGGUGGAGCUCUUUUGGAUUGUGGAGUGUACUGUAUUUCUGCCAUCUCAAUGAUUACAUCCUCUCUUGGUUACAAACUCUCCAAAGUCCAAUCAAGCAUGCACAUUAAUCCAGAAACCAAGACAGACGAUCAGUGUAGUGGAUUAAUUGAAUUCCAACACGAAAAUGGAAAACCAAUCUUUGGUACCUUCAAUUCUACCUUUGUCAAUGAAUGUACAAGAACUUUGGAAAUUUCUGGAACUGAUGGAAUGAUUGUGGUGAAUAAUUCAUUCCACAGACCUGUCAGUUUCUCCCUCAUCAAAUCUACAUCUGAAACUUUUGAAUUUUCUGGAAAGGGUGUUGAUUAUCAGGAAGGUACUGGAUUUUUCUAUGAAAUUAAACACAUUUUGGAAAUGAUCCAACAAGGUAACAUUGAGAGUCCAAUUAUGCCACUCAGUGAAACCAUCUCUGUUAUGGAAAUUAUGGAUGAAAUCAGAUCUGUUCAUGGAUUGAUUUAUCCAAAGGAAUUGAACGAAUUGAAUCAACAAUAA